UCAGUAGCAUGUGGGGAGCUCCGGCUCGGGCGGCUCAGUCCUCCGCGAGCCGACACUGGAGGCAGCAGCAAAGGCGGCUGCCACGGCCCCGACUGCAAGCGCCGCACUCUCUCCGCGCCUCCAGCCCCGACGGCAUGGCCCGCGGCCCGCGCUCCGGGCGCCCCCAACCCCGCUGAGAGCCGCUGCGGCCCCGGACUCGCGCAACGGCCCCCGAGCCGCCGGGAUGAGCCGCGCCUAGUGGUGAUCGCUGCUCGGGAAUGCAGGCGUGAAGGGUCUGAGCUGCCGCCCAGCGGGGAGGAGACCCCAGGACGCCGGAAAUCAUCCCAAAGCUGCAAGAAGCGGAGAGAAAGAGAGCAUUCUUCAUUCAGUUGUGUGCCUUGUGGGGGAUUUUUUUUAAGUCGUUAUUUUUUUUUUUUAAAGACACAUUUCCGUGCUACUUGUCAUCGUCUCUGGGGAAAUCAGUCAGAACCACCGGAACGUAACUGUAACCAGACGAGCAAGGCAGGAGCCCAGGCAGUACCUGCAGCGUCCGGGCACCAGAGCCACCUUGGAACGGGAACGCGUCUCCGGCCGCGGGGCUGCGGCUCCGCCAAACUUUGGGGCGAGCGGGGCAGACUGGGGCACCCAGGGAGCUCUGUAGACCGAGGGCGGCCCCCUAACCAUGAUGUUUCGCGACCAGGUCGGGGUGCUGGCGGGCUGGUUUAAGGGCUGGAACGAGUGCGAGCAGACUGUUGCGCUGCUGUCGCUGCUCAAGCGCGUGAGCCAGACCCAGGCCCGCUUCCUCCAGCUCUGCCUGGAGCACUCGCUGGCCGACUGCGCCGAGCUGCACAUCCUCGAACGCGAGGCCAACAGCCCGGGAAUCAUUAACCAAUGGCAACAGGAAUCCAAGGAUAAAGUGAUUUCCCUCCUGUUAACUCAUCUGCCUUUGCUGAAGCCAGGAAACCUCGACGCAAAAGUAGAAUAUAUGAAACUGCUGCCCAAAAUCCUGGCUCACUCUAUUGAACACAACCAGCACAUUGAGGAGAGCAGGCAGCUGCUGUCCUAUGCUUUGAUACACCCGGCCACUUCUUUGGAAGACCGCAGUGCUUUAGCCAUGUGGCUGAAUCACCUGGAGGACCGCACGUCGACCAGCUUUGGUGGCCAGAACCGAGGCCGCUCAGACUCUGUGGAUUACGGACAGACACACUACUAUCACCAAAGACAGAACUCCGAUGAGAAGCUCAACGGGUGGCAGAACUCUCGGGAUUCCGGGAUUUGCAUCAAUGCCUCCAACUGGCAGGACAAAAGCAUGGGGUGUGAGAAUGGCCAUGUGCCCCUCUACUCCUCCUCAUCUGUCCCCACCACAAUCAAUACAAUUGGAACCAGCACAAGUACAAUUCUCUCAGGCCAGGCACACCACAGCCCUUUGAAACGAUCUGUGUCCCUUACCCCACCCAUGAAUGUGCCAAACCAGCCUCUAGGACAUGGAUGGAUGUCUCAUGAGGACUUACGAGCUAGAGGACCUCAGUGCCUCCCAUCCGAUCAUGCCCCCCUGUCUCCACAAAGCAGUGUAGCCUCUUCAGGAAGUGGUGGGAGUGAACACUUAGAAGAUCAGACCACUGCUCGUAACACAUUCCAAGAAGAAGGUAGUGGUAUGAAAGAUGUUCCAGCCUGGCUAAAAAGCCUCCGCCUGCACAAAUACGCCGCGCUUUUCUCCCAGAUGACCUAUGAGGAGAUGAUGGCCCUCACCGAGUGCCAGCUGGAGGCGCAGAACGUUACCAAAGGUGCAAGACACAAAAUUGUCAUCAGUAUUCAGAAGCUCAAAGAAAGACAGAAUCUUCUGAAGUCUUUGGAAAGGGACAUCAUCGAGGGGGGCAGCCUGCGUAUCCCGCUCCAGGAACUGCACCAGAUGAUCCUGACUCCCAUCAAGGCCUACACCUCCCCGAGCACCACCCCGGAGCCUCGCCGCCGGGAGCCCCAGGCCCCGCACCCGUCCUCACUGAUGGGCUCCGAGAGCCAGAGCCCCGACGGCAAAGAUGGGGCCACAGCCACCGGCGCCACAGCCACCCCCUCGGCUGGUGCCAGUGGCGGGCUCCAGCCGCACCAGCUGAGCAGCUGCGACGGGGAGCUGGCCGUUGCCCCCCUGCCGGAGGGGGACCUCCCUGGGCAGUUCACACGCGUCAUGGGGAAAGUGUGCACACAGCUCUUGGUCUCCAGACCUGAUGAGGAAAAUAUAAGUUCCUAUUUACAGCUCAUAGACAAGUGUCUAAUUCAUGAGGCAUUUACAGAGACACAGAAAAAAAGACUGUUGUCAUGGAAACAGCAGGUGCAGAAGCUCUUUCGGUCUUUCCCUCGGAAAACCCUUCUAGACAUAUCAGGAUAUCGACAGCAAAGAAAUCGAGGCUUCGGGCAGUCCAACUCCCUCCCGACAGCUGGCUCUGUGGGCGGCGGCAUGGGGAGACGGAACCCACGCCAGUACCAGAUCCCCUCUCGGAACGUCCCGUCCGCCCGCCUGGGCCUCUUGGGCACCAGUGGAUUCGUCAGUUCCAACCAGCGCAACACCACAGCCGCCCCCACCAUCAUGAAACAAGGAAGACAGAACCUGUGGUUUGCCAACCCUGGGGGCAGCAAUAGCAUGCCAAGCCGCACCCACAGCUCGGUCCAGAGGACCCGCUCGCUGCCCGUACACACUUCCCCGCAGAACAUGCUGAUGUUCCAGCAGCCAGAAUUCCAGCUUCCCGUGACCGAACCUGAUAUCAACAACAGGCUGGAGUCGUUGUGCCUCAGUAUGACCGAACACGCCCUGGGAGACGGGGUUGACCGGACCUCCACAAUCUAGAAGCUGAAGAUGAGAGUGACCACGCUGGCCAUGAAAUCGACUGCUGCGGGUCCAGUGUCAGCCAUCUUCAGGGUUGCACAGAAUCCUCCAAGAUACUCUGCAGCCUUUUUUUCCCCUGGUCCCUCUCCCAUUUUGAUUUUGUGAGAGCGUAGGUCAUCCUCGUAAACAUAUCGGUAGACCUGGGGUUGGUUCUUUUGUCAUUUGUUUCUGUCCUGGGAUGGUUUGGUGUGUGGGGCUGGGGAGGGGUCUCUAGGGAAUUCUGAGACUGGGAGGGGGGUGGAGGGAAUGCACGUAGCUCCCUGGAUGGAAAGGGGGCAGGGGAAAGAGGACUGCAAUGAAAGAGAUAGGAGACACACAAGAGGCGGGCAGAAGCCCUGGCCCAGGGGAGGCUUCUCGGAAGGACUGGCCUCACGGGCAGGCCACGGAAGGAUAUCGUGGGCACGUGCACCCAAAGCAAGAUAGUGGCUCACCUUUUAUUAUCCAGUCCAAUCUGGAUUGGAUGUCCCUGAGGCCCCUGCUAGAAACAGCCAGAGGAGAGGGCCCAUGCCAACAGGGGAAAGAAGGAAGAAACUCCCUCCAGCAAACUUCAGCUAAACUUUGAUUUGUGUAUUGUUUACAUAAGAAUGUUAAAGGGUACAUAAUGUGUAAAGAGAUUGGAUCGAACCUCUCUUCAGACUAUGGUUUUUGUAAAGGAUCUGUUGUUGUUCUGGAUUCAUUUUUUUCCUCCAUUUUUAUAAGAGCAGCAGAGUUGUCUUUUUAAAACGGCUGCCGAGCUCUGCUUCUCGGGAAGAUGGACGCAGUCACGUAGGCCUGAGCUGUCCAUCUUUCACCAUUAGGUGGGAGGAGCACGUGGGUGGACUUGAAGGACGUGGAUGUGGUCGGAAUGAGCACAGCGUUGGGUGAGAGCACAAGGAUGAAGGCAUCGUGUGAUCAGUGAUGGGUUUGCUCGCAGGGCACCCAGAGAUUCUCAGAGAAUCUUGCAGCCUCUUUCUGUGCUGGAUUUGCUUGUCACGGACAGGCCUCCCUCCCUUUCCGCCCCACCAUGGGGCAUCAUCCUGUCAUUCCCAGCCUUGCUCUACACACACAGCUGGGUACAAGUCCCACUGGAGGAGAAAAGGCAAGGAUGGACUUUUUCCCCUUGUGAGAGGUUUGAUACCCAGAUAAUGAGCUCAAAACCUUUAUGUGGGGGUUGCUUGUAGGAACUCGAGCCUGGAGGCUGCAUCCACUUCACCCAUCACUGCUGAGGAGGAGGAGGGGAGAAAGGCCCAGGAACAGUGUACAGAGAGUCGGUCAGCAAGUGCCAGAGAGCGCGUGCAGGGAGCUGUUUGGCCCACACGGGACAGCCCCAGCAUCCCCAGUGGGCGCUAAAAGAUGGAAGAAAGAUUGAUUUCACGACGGAAAUGACAGCGCUAUCCACACAACACGAAUUAGGGAUUUGCUGUGUUGGUUGAUUUGUCCAUCCACACAAAGGAGAGGAAAAAACACUCGUUAACGCGGUGAGAGAUUAAGAAACUGCGGUACCUACCCCAAAGUAACGGCUCUGUUUAUGAAGGGCAAGAAAGGCUACAUUUCAGAAUGCGAAGCAGGGGAGGGUAUUAGAGGAAAUCAAAGAGGAGUUGUGCUCUGCACUGGAAAAUUGGGUUGUGCAAAUGAAAGUAUGAGUGCUCAGCCAGAGGCAAGAUCAGGGAGAUGGUACAAGGCCUGUUUAUUAAGUGGAUGAGUUGGGUGCCGUGUGUGUGUGUGUGUGUGUGUGUGUGUGUGUGUGUGAAGUCACAGUUGAAAUUUAAAAGAUCAGACCAUGGAAAUCACUGCCCUCACCUUUUUUUUUUUUUUUAAGCUAAUGAACUACAUACAGUUCUAAAAGGCCUUAAUGAAAUCCAAACAAUUUUCUUUUACUUUCAAGAUCAAAAACGUACACCCAACCCAGCCUUGGAUGCCGCCACCAGGUUUUUGAAGUCCUUUUGAGUCUAAGAAGGUGAGAACAACGUAACCACAGAAAGCCUUUCAUGAGCAGAGAAGGCUUGAAUCCACAAUUUCAUGCGUCAAAUUAAAAAAAAAAAAAAAAAAAAAAAAAAGGUUCAGACCUCUCCUUGGGUGACUAAGUUCUAAAGAUGCAAAUCCAUGUGCAGAAAGAGAUGGCGUUUUUUAGUUGAUGAUUUUUAACCAAGUGCCAUUAACAUUCAUCCCUUUUCUAAAUAAGCUCAGUGUUACUUGGGGAAUGUGUUGGGAUGGUUGAUCACAUGUCAGGCAGGAAGAAUAGGUCAAAUGUUGAAGGCCAAAGGUAAGACCAGAGGGUUUGCGAAUGUGGGUGUGUAGGAUACUGAGAAAGCGAAUGAAGAGGAGGAAAAACCGGGGUAUUACACAUCUCGCUGAGAGAGGAAAGCAUUCGGAUCUGCUGCAAAAACACAUAUAUCCAUAGACUCAUGUUAUUCAGAAAACAGAUUGUGAACACAAUCACGUUAGCAUGAAUCCUUUAAAAGGAAGAAGACCUUAAAAUAUUUGCAAAUCUGAAUUUCUAUUUAUUCCUUCACUGAAUAUAGAAACAAUGGUUAUCUGAUUAUUAGAGAUAUUAUUUUGGAUAUGUUACUUAUUAACUUGCUAUGGCUGGUAACCAUGAUAAAGUCUGUUAUUAAUAACAACAUAGUUCUUUUUUUAAAGAAGAAAAGCUUAUUUUUCAUUGACUGUGUAUAGAUAUAUCUACUUAGUUGUGUUUUGCUAUUAGUGUUUUAAUUUUUUUUUAAGUUGAGUGUUUGAUAAAUUUUAAGAGUCUGUCCCCACCUUGUUUUGAGUCCUGUGUUGACUACAGGUAUACAGCUCAAUUUAAAAAUCCUAAAGCAAAAGAAUUUUAUUUAUAGAAGAAUCAAACAGUUGCAUGCAUAAGGCUGUGAAGUCAGAUAUUUAGUAAUAAAAGCAGCAGUGCCUUUUUUUGUAUUUACCCAUUGACCCCCCCCCCCAAAUGCAACUGUUUUAUAUUGAGAAAAUAGUAACAAUUUUAAAAUCUCAGAGUAAAAUCUAUUUCACUACAUGUUUCUCCCCCUUGUUCUGAUUUAAGCAGUGUGUACUUGGCAUCUCUACACUGUCCCAGGGACAGUGAUGUCCUACAAUAUUGUUAUCAUGUAUGAUGUUUUAUUGGUGCUUUUUAUUCACAGUGGUUUCUUACCAGAAACAGUAGGAAGAAACACAUGAACUGUGUACAAGACACGAAACAUUGCUGCUGAUACGUUGUUGUUGUUUUUUCACAUGCUUUUGAGUUUUCACUUUUUAAACCAGAGCCAGCAAGCAAAAUAGACAUGGCUGGGUCUGCCCAUUGGGGCGGCUCUUUGCACCGAGCUCUCAAAUCCUGUGUAUUGAGGGUUCCUUUCUGGUACUCAGGAUUGGAGCUACAGCUGGGCCCCCCUCUCUCCCAUUCAUUUGAAGAGACACUGAGGGAAACAAGGGUUUCUUUUGAGGUGUCCUUGGCUGCCUUUUAUAGGAUGGGAGCCUUCUCCUGGUCUUUUGUUCUUCUGCACCUCUCGUAGCUACUGCCGGUGCAAGGUUGUACAUGUGGAUUCCCCAGGAGCCUGGGCUGGGGGGCCAAGCUGGGCUGAAUGCAAAGACGUGCAACCAGAAGGCAGGCGAGGGGAGGAAAAGCAAGCCCCGUCUCAUUGGUCCUCUGGGAGAUGUCUGUGGCAGUCAGCUCCAGCUUGGGCCUGGGGAAGCAGCCUGACCAAGGCGCUUGGGUGUGCCUGUUACAGGAAGAACCUGCAGAAGGAUCAUUUGCACAUGGAGCUGUGAUAACACUAAUGUUGAUUUUUUUUUUUUUUACAAGUCCUCAGAGAUGUUUGCAAAGUGAGUUUUAUUUUUUUGUAAUUCCUUUAUCUUUACUUAAAGGUGAAUGUGUAUUCCUCUGGGAGGAAUAGGAAGAAAACAGGAAUGUUAAUGUCAAACAGAAGACUUCCUCCCUUAUUAAUAUAUAACCCUCAUGUAUUUAUGCCUAAUGUAAGCUGACUUUUAAAAAGCUUUCUUUCGUUGCAUGCCCUGUGCAGGCAUCUGUAUUGUACAUGCAUGCCUUUCGUCCUGUUUUCCUGUAUAAAGUUAGUGAACAAAGAAAUAUUUUUGCCUAGUUCAUGUUGCCAAGCAAUGCAUAUUUUUUAAAUUUGUCAUAUAUGGAAAGAGCAUGUUUGUUACAUGUAAAAGCUUUACUGAUAUACAGAUAUACUAAUGUUUGAAGAUGCUGUUCUUUGCAAGUGUACAGUUUUCAAAUGUUGUUACCAGUGAAACACCCUCGUGGUUCAAACUUGCUACAAUGUAUUUAUUAUUCAUUUCCUCCCAUGUAACUAAGAAUCAUGGCUAUAUUUCAUAUCAACGUUAUAUUGAAAGUGAAGGGAAAUGAUUAAUACAAGGUUUUGUAACA